UUCUAGGGAGGCGGUGAUCGGGGAAGGUUAUAAAGCAAGCUGCAAAUUUAGUUUCGCAAACACGUCUCUGUUCUUUUUUUAAAAAGCCUGUGAGUAUAAGAAACAGCAGCAAGAUGAAGCUGUUGCUCCCCUUCGUUCUGAUCUUGUCAUGUACACAGUGUCAAGGGAACCGAAUGAAGUGCAAAGACCCCUCUGAGGAACAUUUAAGGCAGAAACUUCUGCGCCAUUACCCAGCUUAUCCCUUUGACAUCAUGCAAGACAGCAUCAUUGACAUGAAGAAGAAGAAGUGCCCUACCAGCAUCAACGGCACCUCAGAGCUGAAGCAAGACAGGAGUAUAUCUCCAUGGUCCUUCAGAAUCAAUGAAGAUGUGAACAGAUACCCCCAGAAGAUACCUGAAGCCUACUGUCUGUGCAGAGGCUGUGUUACCUCCAAAGAGAGCUCUAUGGUCAGUGAACCAUUCUACAAAUUAGUCCCAGUUAUGCACAAAACAUCCAAAUGCAAGAAAGGCAGAUUUGUGUACAAGGUGCAGUACAUAAAGAUUGCCCAUUUUUGCGUCUGCCGAUUCCACUGAACAGUUUUUGAAAGGACCGGUUAACGUUAACAGCCCUUCCUAGUUCCACAACAGUUCUGCAGUGGAGAUUCUGAGGUUAAGGCAUUGGCUCUGUCUCACUGUAGUUAUCAUCAUUGGUCAUAAUAAUCUGUUAAUUGUGAAUAUGGUGUCACAUGUUUAAUGGACUGUCUCACGUCACGUUUAUUUACAUUUUCUACCAUGUUCCUUUAGUCAAAGUUUAUUCUGGAGAGAAAUCUUUAUAGAACAAUUUUUUUUGAACCGAUAAUGUAACCUAUAUUGGAGGAAACACUUAAAGGCUUAAAAAAAAAGCACAUUAACGUUUCUCUUUAACAUACUGCUUUCAUUAAAUAUAUAAGUGCCAAAUAAACAUUUACAUUCCAAUAUAACAUGGGACCUUGAAGAUAUUUAGUUUAGAAGUCAAAUUAAUGCCACCAAUGAAGUAAUAGUGUUUAGUUUGGUUGAAGAGCCUGGCCCACUGUUUCUCAUAAAUUCCAUUUUGUUUUUCUGAUUCUACAUAUAUAUUUGCAUGAUCCCAUUACUAGGUGAUACAACCAGGCUAGAGACAGCUUGGUAAUGAUGUAACAGAUAGGCUAUAGAGUUGCACAAACAUGUAUUGGGCAUAUAUUAGUUACUACAGAUAUUAAAGAAAUAGCAUUUACAUUAAACAAACUGGAUGUUCUAAAAUGGUUAACAAGCGCAACCAUUAAAUACAAAAUGAAAGACUACUUUGAUAAUCCAGUUGUAUCACUGUGUGGAUAUUCUUUCAGGACACAAUUUGUGGAAAGUUUGUGUGUUUGAUUUUAUACAUUGUGGUACCGGGUGAGAUUUUUUUUUCCUGUGAAAAUGGUCUCUUAUCUAUAGGAGACUUUGAAAUUGGACACAGUUAUUUGUACCUGAGUACCAGCUUAUUGUAUUCAGGUUCACGGAAGGACUUUUGGCACUAUACCUCUCUUCUUUUGGCUGAAACGAAAAGAGGAGUAUCGGACCAUAUGGAUAAUUGUCAUGUUUGUUAUGUCGAUGCACAGUUUACUGCACUGCUGUAUAAAGUUGAGUAUGCCUUGUUUUUUAUAAUGUAGAAUGUAUAUGUUUUAAUAAUAAAAUGAAGAAUUACUGGA